CGGGGCGGAAGUGCGGGGCGGGCGCCUGGCGGCCGGGGCGGAAGUACCGGCGCACAGCGGAAGCGGCGACCCGAGCAGCCGAGCUCAGAAUUAAGAUGCUCUGGUUUCAAGGAAAUAGCAUGCAACUUGCCAAACACUCCUUUCAACUGCUCUUGAGAAAUCUAUCUGCCUCCAAGACUGCUCUGCCUGUGCUAACCUUAUUCACAAAGGAUCCGUGCCCCCUUUGUGAUGAAGCCAAGGAAGUACUGGAGCCUUAUAAAAACAGGUUUAUUUUACAGGAGGUGGACAUCACACUUCCAGAAAACUCUGCUUGGUAUGACAGAUAUAAAUUUGACAUCCCCGUCUUUCAUUUGAAUGGCCAGUUUCUGAUGAUGCAUCGAGUAGACGUCUCAAAACUUGAAAAACAGCUCCAGAAACUUGAGCAGCAAGGUGCGGGAGGCUGAUGAACGCCCUCAGGAUUUUCCACCCUCUCUGUCCAGAACUCAUUUUCCUGAGGAAAUGACUGUGGCCUCAUGCUCCUUUUGCCACUUUCACACAGCUCUAAGGAUGUUCUGAACUCAGUGGUGCCAAAUAAAUGGUAAUAUUCCUCUUGUGAUUAAUGGAAGUACCAAUGUGGGAACUGUUUACCUGUUGGCAUUUUAUAAAAUAAGAGGAGUGUAUUGGCAGGGAGGGGAUGAUGGAAGGCGGGAGAAAUCUACUUGUUUUAUUUAUUUUUCUCCUUUGUAUUAGUAUGGAAGCAUUUCACAUUCACGGGACAGAGCCGUUUAUAGGAAAAAUGCUCUGUGACCCUGUUGCUGCCCUAAGGGCUUAACUUUUUUUUUUUUUUUUUUUUGCUGUAUGCGGGCGUCUCAUUGUUGUGGCCUCUCCCGUUGAGGAGCACAGGCUCCGGACGCGCAGGCUCAGCGGCCAUGGCUCACGAGCCCAGCCGCUCCGCGGCACGUGGGAUCCUCUCGGACCAGGGCACGAACCCGUGUCCCCUGCAUGGGCAGGCGGACUUUCAACCACUGCGCCACCAGGGAAGCCCAGGGCUUAACUUUUUAAUGAAAGAAUAAAUGUUCUUCCACUUGGUAGAUAAAAUGAAAUGUGAAUUGUUAAUAACUGUGCACAGUCAAUAAAAGGAUGUUUUAACAAAUACAUCUGCAUGAAGUCUAUCUCAGAG